AUGUAUGAGGCAAGCCCCAAACGACUGCCCUUGAGUGAGGUUGUGAAGCAGGCGCCGCAGCAACUAGGUCAUAAGCGUCUCGUGUGCAAGCCCCAAGAGCAGCAAGUUGCAGUUGUCCUUGCUGCAGGAAGUGGCACGCGUUUCCAUUCAGAGACUCCAAAGGUGAUCUACCCUUUAGAUGGUAAACCGCUUGUCCGACACGUCGUUGAGGCCGUCGAACAGGUGGACGUGCCCACCGUGGUUAUCAUCGGUCACGAAGGUAGUCGGGUGAUGAAAGCUUUGGCGGAUAAAAACGUAAUAUUCAUAGAGCAAACUGAACGCCUUGGCACCGCUCAUGCUGUAUACCUUGCUCAGUACGCACUUCCGGAGCAAUUUGACGGAGAUAUCAUCGUUCUCUAUGCUGACGUUCCCGGAGUCGAUAAGGAUCUGCUGCAGGCAGUCCUGGAGCGCAAACAAAACCAUCGCCGUGCUGACCCCACCUUUGGUGCGCUGGUUGUUACCGGCAGCCGUUCACUCUCUCUCAUGUCUGCAUCAGGAAACUAUGGUCGAAUCGUGCGUGACGAGCAGGAUCCUUUAUGCAUUCGUGAAAUCGUAGAAAAGAAACAGAUCGAUAGCAUGCCAGAAACGAAUCCUCGAAAGCGCAUGCUCGCCGAUUGCGAUGAAUUCAACUCUGGUAUUUUCGUUGCCCGAGCCCCGGCACUGUUCAGAGCUCUCGGGAGUGUGCUUCCGCACAGAGUAGGUCAACAUCGUUGUGAGUACUAUGCCACAGACUUUGUGGAGCACAUGGUUGCAUAUGGCCUUCACGUUUAUGCAUGGCAGGUACCAGCUGCACUACAGUUCAAGAUAGAGGGUGCGAACACGUUGGAAGAGGCUCAAGAGCUCGAGCGGCGCUUGCGAACGCAGUCAUCGAGCGGUAGAUAG